UUGCUGCCAAUGUCCUGCUAUUAAUCCUACUACUACCAUCAUUCUAAUCCUGCCGUGAUUGAUUUACCAAAAAGUGAACAAUCAAUCACAUGGAGAUAAAUGCAUCAUUAGUUCUUUUCCAUGGUGAAACAAAGGUCCGUCGCCAAUACAAGAUCUACAGCAGAAGAUGCUUAGUGAGGAAGGAAACGAGAGGUAGGUGAAAGAUGUGGCAAGGAAGUGCUCCAGCAAGUCAAAUUUCGGAAAGCGUAGAAAAAUUCAAGGAGGAGUAGAACAUUAAAAAUGGUGAGGCAGGCUGAAUAAGCUGACUCUGACUGACAAUAUGGAACUGGACGCCUUUGUUUGACUACAAUAUAAGCGUGCGUGGGCAAAAUCCUUCCGUUAAUUACUCUUAUUUUUAUUUUUAUGCUUGCUCUACAAGGAAGUUAAGCUGUGCCAAGUACACAUUAUUAUUAAUAGAGUUGGGAGUUGGAGUUAGUUGGAGUUGUUGGAGAGAUAGAGAGAGUCAGAGUCGGCGGACAGACUGAUCCGAUCGCACAGAUUUCCAAAAAUUAAAACAGAAGAAAGUAGAAUAGGAAAACACAAAGAGCUUGGGAACUAGCCAGCCAGCCAGCGCUCUGCCCAGAUCCGGCCGGAAUACUUUUGCUGCAGUCUUCCCUGCCCUCCCCACCCCCACCCCCACCCUUUUCUUUGAGAUCAGACUCUGUGUCUGUAUUUAGAAUCAGAUGGCCGAGCAAAACGGCCAGGAUGCCCAUACAAACAUGGGUGAGAAGGCCGCCUCCACAUCAAACAGCCAUGCGCUGGAAACGACAAGCUCAGCCACCAAUGCAAGUCAUCAGGAUUCCGAAAGCACCAACACAGUUCCAUUUAGCAAGCUUUUCUCAUUUGCUGAUUCCACUGAUUAUAUUUUGAUGAUCGCCGGUACAAUUGGUGCCAUUGGUAAUGGGUUGUGCUUACCCCUCAUGACAGUACUCUUCGGUGAAUUGACUGAUUCUUUUGGACAAAACCAAAAUAACGGUGACGUGGUUCGAGCAGUUUCCAAGGUGGCACUGAAAUUUGUCUACUUGGCUUUGGGAGCCGGUGGGGCAGCAUUCCUCCAGGUGGCUAGUUGGAUGAUCACCGGAGAGAGACAAGCAGCACGAAUAAGGAGCCUUUAUUUGAAAACUAUUUUGAGACAAGAUGUUGCUUUCUUUGAUAUGGAAACAAAUACAGGAGAAGUUGUCGGGAGAAUGUCCGGUGACACUGUUCUCAUACAAGAUGCCAUGGGUGAGAAGGUUGGGAAAUUUAUACAACUGGUGUCCACAUUUCUGGGAGGCUUUGCGGUAGCUUUCAUCAAAGGGUGGCUUCUUACACUAGUAAUGUUAUCCUCUAUUCCUCCCCUCGUGAUCGCUGGCGCAAUUAUGUCCAUCUUUAUAUCGAAGAUGUCAACUGUUGGGCAAACUGCUUAUGCAAAGGCAGCCAUUAUAGUCGAACAGACAAUUGGUUCAAUCAAGACGGUUGCAUCAUUUACGGGGGAAAAGCAAGCUGUGACUAAUUACAACAAGUCUCUUAUAGAUGCUUACAAAUCGAGUGUCUACGAAGGCUUUGCUAGUGGAUUUGGUCUUGGAGCAGUUAUGUCUAUUAUGUUCUGCAGUUAUGCAUUGGCUAUAUGGUUUGGUGCAAAAAUGAUACUGAAGAAAAACUAUACAGGGGGUGAAGUGCUCAAUGUAAUUGUUGCUGUUUUAACAGGUUCCAUGUCUUUAGGACAGGCAUCUCCAUGCAUAAGUGCAUUUGCUGCAGGUCGAGCUGCAGCAUUCAAGAUGUUUGAGACUAUAAGUAGAAAGCCAGAUAUAGAUGCAUAUGACACCAGAGGAAAGAUAAUGGAUGACAUUCAUGGGGAUAUAGAGCUAAGGGAUGUCUGCUUUAGUUAUCCGGCUAGGCCAAAUGAACCAAUAUUCUCUGGAUUCUCUCUUUCAAUUACGAGUGGCACAACUGUAGCUUUGGUUGGACAGAGUGGAAGUGGAAAGUCAACGGUGGUCAGUUUGAUAGAAAGAUUUUAUGAUCCACAAGCUGGUGAAGUUCUUAUUGACGGAAUUAAUCUCAGAGACUUCCAACUUAAAUGGAUCAGGGAGAGAAUUGGUCUUGUCAGCCAAGAACCCGUGUUGUUUACAGGUAGUAUUAAGGAUAAUAUCGCCUAUGGGAAGGAUGACGCUACUAUUGAUGAGAUCAGAGCAGCAGCUGAGCUUGCAAAUGCUGCGAAAUUCGUCGAUAAGCUACCUCAGGGACUAGACACCAUGGUUGGUGAGCAUGGAACCCAAUUGUCAGGUGGGCAAAAGCAAAGAAUUGCCAUAGCCAGAGCAAUUCUAAAAAACCCACGAAUUCUCCUUCUUGACGAAGCAACAAGUGCGCUUGAUGCAGAAUCAGAGAGAAUUGUACAAGAGGCAUUAGAUAGGAUUAUGGUCAACAGAACAACAGUUGUGGUUGCACAUCGUUUGAGCACAGUGAUAAAUGCCGAUAUGAUUGCAGUGAUUCAUCAAGGAAAGGUGGUUGAGAAAGGCUCACAUUCAGAACUACUCAAAGAUCCUGAUGGAGCAUACUCUCAGCUCAUUCGUUUGCAAGAAGUGAAUAACGAUUCAGAACAAGAUGCAAAUGACAAAGAAAAGUCAGAAAUUACUACAGAAUUUGGUAGACAGUCAAGUCAGCGUAUGUCAUUCUUGCGUUCCAUAAGUCGAGGAUCGUCUGGAGUGGGAAAUAGUAGCCACCACUCACUCUCUGUCUCAUUUGGUCUGCCUACAGCGCUUAGUGUUCGUGAAGCUGGCUUAACAGAUCCUGAAGUAUUUACCCAAGAAAUGUUAGAAAAGACUCCAAAAGUCUCACUAAGUCGUCUUGCCCAUUACAACAAGCCUGAAAUACCGUUGCUGAUAUUGGGAUCUGUAUUUGCUAUCAUUAAUGGUGCAAUAAUGCCACUAUUUGGUAUUUUACUUUCUAUUGUGAUCAAAACAUUUUAUGAGACACCACAUGAACUUAGGAAAGACUCAAAAUUCUGGGCACUAAUGUUUGUAGUCCUUGGAGUGGUAUCAUUGAUUGCCUAUCCGGCAAGGACGUACUUUUUUGCUGUGGCUGGGGGUAAAUUAAUCAGACGAAUAAGAUCGAUGUGCUUUGAAAAGGUGGUUAACAUGGAGGUCAGUUGGUUUGAUGAGCCCGAGCACUCAAGUGGAAUGAUUGGUGCAAAACUGUCUACUGACGCAGCUACCAUACGUGCUUUAGUUGGGGAUGCACUCGCACAAAUGGUUCAAGAUGCUACAUCAGGGAUUACCGGUUUGGCCAUUGCUUUUGAAGCAAGUUGGCAGCUGGCACUUAUAGUUCUCGCUUUGUUACCUUUGAUAGGAGCUAAUGGAUACGUUCAAAUUAAAUUUAUGAAAGGGUUCAGCGCAGAUGCCAAGAUGAUGUAUGAGGAAGCAAGCCAAGUUGCUAAUGAUGCUGUCGGGAGUAUACGGACAAUUGCUUCUUUUUGUGCAGAAGAGAAAGUGAUGGCAAUGUACAAAAAGAAAUGUGAGGGCCCUUUGAAGACAGGGGUAAGGCAGGGGUUGAUUAGUGGGAUAGGGUUUGGUGCAUCUUUUGCCUUGCUAUUUUGUGUCUAUGCAGCUAGUUUUUACGCGGGAGCCCGGCUUGUUCAGGAUGGCAAAAUAACUUUUUCAGAUGUUUUUCGUGUUUUCUUUGCUCUGACCAUGGCAGCUCUAGCAAUUUCCCAAUCUAGCUCUUUUGCUCCAGAUUCGAGGAAAGCCAAGGUUGCUGCCGCAUCAAUAUUUUCCAUUCUAGAUCGUAAAUCAAAAAUAGACCCAAGUGAUGAGUCUGGGACAACAUUAGAGAAUGUGAAGGGAGAAAUGGAACUACGACAUAUAAGCUUUAGGUAUCCAACUAGACCAGAUGUCCAGAUUUUGCGAGAUCUUUGCUUGACCAUUCAUAGCGGCCAGACGGUAGCAUUGGUUGGCGAAAGUGGAAGUGGAAAGUCGACAGUGAUCUCAUUACUGCAAAGAUUUUAUGAUCCCGAUUCAGGUCACAUCACACUUGAUGGAACUGAAAUUCAAAAGUUGCAAUUGCGAUGGUUGAGGCAGCAGAUGGGGCUUGUGAGCCAAGAACCAGUCUUGUUUAAUGACACAAUUCGUGCUAACAUUGCCUAUGGAAAAGAAGGAAAUGCGACUGAGGCAGAAAUUAUAUCUGCAUCAGAGUUGGCAAAUGCCCACAAGUUCAUUAGUGGGUUGCAACAGGGAUAUGAUACCGUAGUAGGAGAGCGAGGCAUCCAGUUGUCCGGUGGACAGAAGCAGAGAGUGGCCAUUGCACGAGCUAUAGUGAAGAAUCCAAAGAUACUACUUUUGGACGAGGCUACUAGUGCACUAGAUGCUGAAUCAGAGAGGGUUGUUCAAGAUGCAUUAGAUCGAGUGGUGAUGAACAGGACAACAGUAGUGGUGGCUCAUCGAUUGUCCACAAUUAAAGGAGCGGAUGUAAUUGCUGUGGUUAAAAAUGGAGUCAUAGUAGAGAAAGGGAAGCACGACACUUUAAUUAACAUCCAAGAUGGUUUCUAUGCCUCGUUGGUUGCACUACACAUGACCACCUCAUCUUAGGUUUGUUUUUAUGUUCUCUAUUUUUCGGCUUUUUGAAUGUAAGUCUAUUCCUGCUAAAAAUAAGUGCAUUCUGGAAUACUCUUGGUGGUAUGGAAAGGCCAGCUCUUUGUUGAACUACUUUCC